AUUUAUUGAUUUAUUUUCUAUUUUCCAUCAACUCGCAUGUAUUAAUUCAGUAGCUAUACUCAGGUAAGGAAACUACAACUCAUUAGCUCAUUUACUGUACGGUAUAACCUCGUUAAUCCGUCCCCUAAGGGGUCGAGGCUUCAGCCAAAAUAGUAUUAUAAAGGUCCGAUUAUCGGAUGUACUUGUUUAUUCACAUAAAAACAUUUUUGCACUGAUAAUAAUAUUAUCAUACUCUAUUCAAUUAUACACAAAUGUCAAACUGAACGGAAUUUUUAACCGGAAAAUUAAAAAAAAAUUAUUAAAAUUUGAUAGACUGAAUUUGUUAGACUAGCCUAUGAGGAGAUGGCGCCUUGGACUGACUAGGUGACUAGCCCUCUGCUUAUCGAUCCUGAUGCAUGGUCGAAUUGACCGAUAAGCUGGAUAAUCGGGGUUUUACUGUAUGACUUUCAUUCCAUUUCACAAUGUAGAAACUCUUCUAGUAUGGUGAAUAAAAUUCUUUCUGUUCUAUUUGAUGUUUAAGAAGCUUUUGACAUGUUCUAAAAUUUGUUCUACAAGUGAAUAAACCUAUUUCACAGAUUUUGAUGGAGAAGACUUGAUGGUGACUGGAGAGGAGAUCAGGUACCCAUGCAACAGAUGCGGCAAAACCUACAAUUUGAAAAGCAAUUUACAAAGGCACUUGCGGGAUGAAUGUGGGGUAGAACCGAAAUUCUCGUGCCCUCACUGCCCUCACAGAUCAAAGCGGAGGAGCGACCUUAAAAUCCAUAUAGGCAUCAAACACUCGAAUAUUAUCACGUCAUACUCUAACAACUGAGACUAGUUCUAGCAAAUUAGGGCUCUAUGCGGUUUUCUCCUAUUCUAUUUAUGCCAAUUUAGUCUACCAGAUUGAUUUACUUUUUAUGUUCUAACUAGAAAGAUACGAGAAAUGAUGCAUUUCUAUUAUUUGUUUAUUGGUACAGUAUAAAGUAUGAACCAUAAAAAUUCGAAUGCUUUUGUUUUCAUUCCAUGUUUUUUUAUCAUAUGCUUUUUUAUCGUAUGCUUUUUUUAAUACAUCCAGUGUAGCCUAUCUUGAAAUAUUAUACGUAUGAGAUUCAAACUUAAAUUUCAUCUUCCCUUCAUGGUACAGUAUGUCAACUCAGAAAAUUGGGUCUUUACUUGGAUUACUUAUAGUUGAGAAAAUUUCAAGCUGUCUUCCUAUCUUUGAGUUUAUUUCCUGUUUAUUUUUGAAAAUACAGAGUUAUCUCGUUUCUUUUGUUUGUUCAUUGGUUCAACCUUGAAAAUUCCAAUAAUAAUAAAUAAAUAUAGAAAAUUAGUGUUUAUAGUGCUCAGUCAAUGAUACAAAAUAAAAACUCAGUUCUCAAUAAUAUAAAUAAUGCUUUCUCUCUUGUUUGUCUAUUGGUAUUCAACAGUGACAUUUCCAAUAAUAAUAAUACCCUUCUUGGCGUAGAGAGAUGGAUGAACUGUAGUAUUUUAACAAAAAAUAUAUAUAUUCAAAACGCUGUGUACUUCUUAUAAGAUUUUUUCAAAUAUACUUUCUUUCACACAAUUCUUCCAUAUCGACAUGUUAAAGUUCGUGAUUUGAAAUAGAUCAAGAAAUCAUAAUCUUCACUCAUUUGAACAAACUAUCAUGUUAAUACGUUGAUGGACAAGAGCUCCUGUGAUUUUCUGUAUGAGUGAAUGAUUUAAUAAACUGUUUUACAGAUGUUGAUGGACAAGGCUUCUUAAUGACUGCAGAAGAGAUCAGGUACCCGUGCAAUAGAUGCGGCAGAACGUACAAUAUGAAAAGCAAUUUGCAAAGACACAUAAGAGAUGAAUGUGGAGUGGAGCCGAAAUUCUGUUGUCCCCACUGCAACUACAGAUCGAAACGGAAGGGUCACCUCAAAACACACAUGGGUGUCAGACACUCUCAUAUUAUUUUCUCUUCUCGUUCCAACAACUAAUCCAUCUAGACAUAAAUGUUCGUGUUCAAUGGGGUUACGAGAUCUGUUGUUUCUCAGCAAAAAUAAUUGAAUGUUUAUCUACUCUGAUUUUCGUUAUGUAGACCUAUUUUCAAAUGCGCAUAUUACGGACACAAUUAUACAUUGUGGAAGACAACAAUAAUUAUAAUUUUGUUGAAAAUAAUCAUUCCAUAAUACUUGGACUUGAAUUUAAUAUUAGAUUCAAUUUGGGAAAUGCAAAUAUGGUGCAUUGCUACUCUUAUUUUUCCAUUAUUGAUAUAUUUUAUGAAAAUAUAAGUUGAUGGGUACCUCUUAAUAGAUACAUUUACUUGUCUUUUGGCCACAAGAAUAAAGCCAUUGUUUUCGACAGUAUUCACAAUAAAAAACUUCAAUUUAAUGCAGUGUAUUCCUUCUAUAAAACUUCCAAAUCACUCAUUUUCGUUUGUUUUCUGUUUUUGCCAGUUUGGUGUAUGGUACCGUACUCAUUCAGUAGUUAUUUAUUUACUAAGAAAAACUAGAUCCUGUCAGUUUAUUAUUUCAUUUUGAUGACUAUGCUCCGUAACCUUGAUAUACUUCUACUCAAUUUUUUACUUUCCUCAGAAGUUUCUGUAAUUUUUUGUAUGAUUUAUAAAUUAUUUUACAGUUUUUAAUGAGCAAGACGAAGACUUGAUGCUGAUUGGAGAGGAGAUUCGGUAUCCAUGUGGAAGAUGUGGCAAAACCUACAAAUAUAAAGUUACUGAUGGACAAGACUUCGUAGUGAUUGGACAGGAGAUAAGGUACCCCUGUGAACGGUGUGACAAAACCUACAAAAAUAGAUCGGAGAUGAGGCGGCACAUGAAAGAGUGUGGAUUGGAGCCGAGGUUCCCGUGUCCCCACUGCGCUUACAGAACGAGACGGAAGGCUGACCUCAAAUCACAUGUAGCUGUGAGACAUUUGAAUUUCACCCUUCGCUGAGUUCAGUUAGCUUAUUAAUACAAAUCAGCACUUCUACUACAAUGGAAUAUCAUAAAUAUAUCAUCCUAUUUUGAGUAAACUCAUGCCAUCCACGAAGCAUUAUCUGUCCUUGGAAUGACAUCCUACAUACGCUAAUGAAACUAUUAUAAUUUUGUUGAGAAAGUCAAUUAUAUGCAAUACUGAACUCGAGUGUAUUUCAAUUUAAUUUGAAAAAAAUCAUAUUUGAACUAUUAGUUGUAAGUCAUUAGUAUCUUCUAUGGAAAUAAUGAUGAUUUAUUUUUGAAAUUAAUUCAUCAAUUAUUAGUAUUUUGUUAUAAUAUAGUAUAUUCUUGUCAAUAAUAAUCGGCACCUAAUAAUACAUAAUAUGAUCACAUGAAUAGAACCAUUGUUUUUGACAAUACUGAAUAAAAAUCGUUAUUCAAUGUACCGUUUAUUUCUUCUAGAAUCUUCCAAAUAAUUUAUUUUUUAUUGUUUUCUGUUUUGGCGAAUUUGAUGUAUUAUUAAUCAGUAGUACAAAAAAUACAUUAUCAUAACUAGAUUUUAUUAGUUUAUAUCUUUUAUUGAUUCCCAAUUUUGAAUUUUUCUUGGAAUGUAAUACAAAGUACCAGUAAUUUAUGUGUGUGAAUAAAUUAUUUCACAGUUGUUGAUGAGCAAGAGCAAGACUUGAUGCUGAUUGGAGAGGAGAUUCGUUAUCCAUGUGAAAGGUGCGGCAAAACCUACAAAGAGAAGAGAGUCAUGAUGAGGCACUUGAGAGUAGAAUGUGGCAUGGAACCGAGAUUCUCUUGUCCUAACUGUACUUACAGAGCAAAACGGAAAAGUCACCUCAAAUUACAUAUUGCAGUCAGACAUUCAAAUUUCUCCUUUCCCUCAUGAUCCUACUGAUUCUUUCCAACCUAUGGUUGAGACGUGAAUUUUUACCAGGCAAAAUGACUAAAUUAUAGCCUACCACUAUCAAUAUUCAAUUUGUUAUAAGAUUAUAAAUAAAUUUGAUAUUUUAUCAUGUAACCUAUGGGCUUUAUUUGUAGACUUUAUUUUUUAUUUCCAUUUAGUUAUGUAGUAUAUAUUAUAUAUUACACACACAUGAAAACUGAAAAUUUCCAAUUUUGCCAAAAAUUCUUCAACUACUUCUAACAGAAAUAUACCUCUCAUAUCUUUGAGUUUUGAUACAAGUUAUGAAAAAUUAUUACAUUUAUUUCAUUUUAUAAUUCAUAUAUUUAUAAUAAUAAAUGAGCAAAUUAACGAUUCCACAGAUAGUGCUGAAGAAUUCCACAUGAUGGUAAUAAAUGGAAGGGAGAUCAGGUAUCCAUGUGAAAAAUGUGGCAAAACCUACAAACAGAAACACUUGAAAAAUUGUGGAUUGGAAUCAAGAUUCGCUUGCCCCCACUGUCAUAGAUCACGGGCAAGAUUUGCUUGCCCCCACUGUCAUAGAUCACGGCCAAGAUUCACUUGCCCCCACUGUCAUAGAUCAUGGCCAAGAUUCACUUGCCCCCACUGUCAUAGAUCACGGCAAGAUUCGCUUGCCCCCACUGUCAUAGAUCACAGGCAAGAUUCGCUUGCCCCCACUGUCAUAGAUCACGGCCAAGAUUCGCUUGCCCCCACUGUCAUAGAUCACAGGCAAGAUUCGCUUCCCCCCACUGUCAUAGAUCACAGGCAAGAUUCGCUUGCCCCCACUGUCAUAGAUCACAGGCAAGAUUCCACUGUCAUAGAUCACAGGCAAAAUUCGCUUGCCCCCACUGUCAUAGAUCACAGGCAAGAUUCCACUGUCAUAGAUCACAGGCAAAAUUCGCUUGCCCCCACUGUCAUAGAUCACAGGCAAGAUUCUCUUGCCCCCACUGUCAUAGAUCACAGGCAAGUUUUGCUUGCCCCCACUGUCAUAUGUCGUGGCGAAGUAGUGACCCCAAAUCACAUGUAGCUUCCAAACAUUUCAAUUUAAAAUUCUCCAAUUGUUUUAUUAAUUCGAAAAAUGCUUGCUCCACUUGAACCAAUUUUGUCUUAUCAUCAAGUUAAUAAUUUCUAUUGCAUGUCUUCCAGCAUGUUCCAGCUCAGCCUAUAUAAAAUUUUGAUGUUCCUAUACUGAAAAGUUAAAUUUCGUAAAAAAUGUAAUAAGAUUAGUGUCACUAUUUCAAGUUCGAUAUGCAUUUAUCUAUAAAUCAAUCUAUGCUUGAAUUAUUCUUACCUCACUUGAAAUUUGAGUAAUGAUUUCUUCACUUUCAACUUUGUCCAUUAUUUUCAACAAUGAAAAUUCUUUUCAAUAGGAUUGAUGCUAUUUUCCAUAACGAAACACUUUGUCAUAACAAUAUUUGAAGAUGUGGUUGUACAAUAUCUGGUCUUUCGAUUCAGUAGGAAUAUUGAGUAUUUGUUGAUGAAGCUCCUCCUAUGAAGUGGAAUGCAUUCCAC